GGCAGCCGACCAGAGGCCCGCGGCGCACCGGCGUGGGGCGGGGCAAGCGGAGCCUCCCGGGAUGCCGCGCGGCAGCCGGCUUCCGGCUGUGGGUGGUGCGGGGGACAGCGGCGGCCGGAAGCUGGCUGAGCCGGCCUUUGGUAACGCCACCUGCACUUCCGGGGGCGUCGAGCCUGGCGGUAGAAUCUUCCCAGUAGGCGGCGCGGGAGGGAAAAGAGGUUUGAGGGGCUAGGCCGGGCGGAUCCCGUCCUCCCCCGAUGUGAGCAGUUUUCCGAAACCCCGUCAGGCGAAGGCUGCCCAGGGAGGUGGAGCCGGUAGCGGGGCCGGGAACAUGAGGCAGUCUCUCCUAUUCCUGACCAGCGUGGUUCCUUUCGUGCUGGCGCCGCGACCUCCGGAUGACCCGGGCUUCGGCCCCCACCAGAGACUCGAGAAGCUUGAUUCUUUGCUCUCAGACUACGAUAUUCUCUCUUUAUCUAAUAUCCAGCAGCAUUCGGUAAGAAAAAGAGAUCUACAGACUUCAACACAUGUAGAAACACUACUAACUUUUUCAGCUUUGAAAAGGCAUUUUAAAUUAUACCUGACAUCAAGUACUGAACGUUUUUCACAAAAUUUCAAGGUCGUGGUGGUGGAUGGUAAAAAUGAAAGCGAGUACACUGUAAAAUGGCAGGACUUCUUCACUGGACACGUGGUUGGUGAGCCUGACUCUAGGGUUCUAGCCCACGUAAGAGAUGAUGAUGUUAUAAUCAGAAUCAACACAGAUGGGGCCGAAUAUAACAUAGAGCCACUUUGGAGAUUUGUUAAUGAUACCAAAGACAAAAGAAUGUUAGUUUAUAAAUCUGAAGAUAUCAAGAAUGUUUCACGCUUGCAGUCUCCAAAAGUGUGUGGUUAUUUAAAAGUGGAUAAUGAAGAGUUGCUCCCAAAAGGGUUAGUAGACAGAGAACCACCGGAAGAGCUUGUUCAUCGAGUGAAAAGAAGAGCUGACCCAGAUCCCAUGAAGAACACGUGUAAAUUAUUGGUGGUAGCAGAUCAUCGCUUCUACAGAUACAUGGGCAGAGGGGAAGAGAGUACAACUACAAAUUACUUAAUAGAGCUAAUUGACAGAGUUGAUGACAUCUAUCGGAACACUUCAUGGGAUAAUGCGGGUUUUAAAGGCUAUGGAAUACAGAUAGAGCAGAUUCGCAUUCUCAAGUCUCCACAAGAGGUAAAACCUGGUGAAAAGCACUACAACAUGGCAAAAAGUUACCCAAAUGAAGAAAAGGAUGCUUGGGAUGUGAAGAUGUUGCUAGAGCAAUUUAGCUUUGAUAUAGCUGAGGAAGCAUCUAAAGUUUGCUUGGCACACCUUUUCACAUACCAAGAUUUUGAUAUGGGAACUCUUGGAUUAGCUUAUGUUGGCUCUCCCAGAGCAAACAGCCAUGGAGGUGUUUGUCCAAAGGCUUAUUAUAGCCCAGUUGGGAAGAAAAAUAUCUAUUUGAAUAGUGGUUUGACGAGCACAAAGAAUUAUGGUAAAACCAUCCUUACAAAGGAAGCUGACCUGGUUACAACUCAUGAAUUGGGACAUAAUUUUGGAGCAGAACAUGAUCCGGAUGGUCUAGCAGAAUGUGCCCCGAAUGAGGACCAGGGAGGGAAAUAUGUCAUGUAUCCCAUAGCUGUGAGUGGCGAUCACGAGAACAAUAAGAUGUUUUCAAACUGCAGUAAACAAUCAAUCUAUAAGACCAUUGAAAGUAAGGCCCAGGAGUGUUUUCAAGAACGCAGCAAUAAAGUUUGUGGGAACUCGAGGGUGGAUGAAGGAGAAGAGUGCGAUCCUGGCAUCAUGUAUCUGAACAACGACACCUGCUGCAACAGCGACUGCACGUUGAAGGAAGGUGUCCAGUGCAGUGAUAGGAACAGUCCUUGCUGUAAAAACUGUCAGUUUGAGACUGCCCAGAAGAAGUGCCAGGAGGCGAUUAAUGCUACUUGCAAAGGCGUGUCCUACUGCACAGGUAAUAGCAGUGAGUGCCCGCCUCCGGGAAAUGCUGAAGAUGACACUGUUUGCUUGGAUCUUGGCAAGUGUAAGGAUGGGAAAUGCAUCCCUUUCUGCGAGAGGGAACAGCAGCUGGAGUCCUGUGCGUGUAAUGAAACUGACAACUCCUGCAAGGUGUGCUGCAGGGACCUUUCCGGCCGCUGUGUGCCCUACGUCGAUGCUGAACAAAAGAACUUAUUUUUGAGGAAAGGAAAGCCCUGUACAGUAGGAUUUUGUGACAUGAAUGGCAAAUGUGAGAAACGAGUACAGGAUGUAAUUGAACGAUUUUGGGAUUUCAUUGACCAGCUGAGCAUCAAUACUUUUGGAAAGUUUUUAGCAGACAACAUCGUUGGGUCUGUCCUGGUUUUCUCCUUGAUAUUUUGGAUUCCUUUCAGCAUUCUUGUCCAUUGUGUGGAUAAGAAAUUGGAUAAACAGUAUGAAUCUCUGUCUCUGUUUCACCCCAGUAAUGUCGAAAUGCUGAGCAGCAUGGAUUCUGCAUCGGUUCGCAUUAUCAAACCCUUUCCUGCGCCCCAGACUCCAGGCCGCCUGCAGCCUGCCCCUGUGAUCCCUUCGGCGCCAGCAGCUCCGAAACUGGACCACCAGAGAAUGGACACCAUCCAGGAAGACCCCAGCACAGACUCACAUAUGGACGAGGAUGGGUUUGAGAAGGACCCCUUCCCAAAUAGCAGCACAGCCGCCAAGUCAUUUGAGGAUCUCACGGACCAUCCGGUCACCAGAAGUGAAAAGGCUGCCUCCUUUAAACUGCAGCGUCAGAAUCGUGUUGACAGCAAAGAAACAGAGUGCUAAUUUAGUUCUCAGCUCUUCUGACUUAAGUGUGCAAAAUAUUUUUAUAGAUUUGACCUACAAUCACAGCUUAUAUUUUGUGAAGACUGGGAAGUGACUUAGCAGAUGCUGGUCAUGUGUUUGAACAUCCUGCAGGUAAACAGUUCUUGUGUGGUUUGGCCCUUCUCCUUUUGAAAAGGUAAGGUGAAGGUGAAUCUAGCUUAUUUCUAGCUUAUUUUGAGGCUUUCAGGUUUUAGUUUUUUAAAUAUCUUUUGACCUGUGGUGCAAAAGCAGAAAAUACAGCUGGAUUGGGUUAUGAAUAUUUACAUUUUUGUAAAUUAAUCUUUUAUAUUGAUAACAGCACUGACUAGGGAAAUGAUCAGUUUUUUUUUUAUACACUGUAAUGAACCGCUGAAUAUGAGGCAUUUGGCAUUUAUUUGUGACGACAACUGGAAUAGUUUUGUUUUGUUUUUUUUUUUGCCUUCAACUAAAAACAAAGGAGAUAAAUCUAGUUAUACAUUGUCUCUAAA